UAACCAACCAAAAUUCCGAUUCUAGCGAGUGAGUUUUGGGAAGCAGAUUUGCCGAGAGCAUACGCAGUAGGGUGUGCAAAAGAAUUUUUGUUGGAGCAGCUGCAACCUGUAGCAUGCGUAGGGCUACGACGGCUGCAUCAGGCAAAAACAUAGAGGGGGCCUACUGAUGACUGCUCUUGGUCUAAAUCUAAAAUUUCAGAGUGGGGAAGCCUUAUUCAUUUACGUAUAUUGAAGAGAGUAAAAAAAAUACAAGAGAACUCUAGCAAGACAAACUAAACACAUAGACAGCCAUUGUUUUUAUCAUCUGCCACAUCACAGAAGAGUUGUUGAUACAAAUAAACGAUGCAGGACGAUGUAGGAAUCACGAUUACUGGUGAAAUGGAGAAUAAAGAAGAGCAAAAAGCUCAGAAACAAAAUGGGUUUGAUUUUCUACAAUUAUCACAGCUUCCAUUGACUCAAUUGAAUCAAUUAGGAUAUCCGCAAGCUCAAGCAUGGAUUCAACAUAGAAAAGCUACUCUUCGGCCGUGGAGUGUGUUUUUAAAUACGAAUAAUAUCAAAGCUCCUCCUAGUAUAUCUAGGUUUAGCAAGAGAGUGAUGAAAAAUAUUGAAUACUUCCAAAGCAAUUAUUUUUUUGUAUUUAUUGGUUUGAUUAUUUAUUGUUUAAUUACUUCUCCAUUACUAUUAAUAGCAGUUGCUGGAUCUUUAGGUACAUGUUAUAAAGUAUCUCAAAGACAUGCCAGGCAUGAAUUAAAAGUAUUAAACCACACUUUAACGUUGGCACAAGUGUAUAUGUUAAUUGGACUCUGCUUUUUACCUGUCUUCUAUCUGGUUGGAGCUGGUGCUGUUCUUUUUUGGGUGUUAGGCGUAUCUUGGUGCUUGAUACUCCUUCAUGCAGCUUUUUACAAUAUAGAUUCUGUUCUAUGUCCUGGAGAAGAUGAAUUAAAUGCCUUAGUUAUGCAAGAAUUCGCUCAAGAUGAUGGUACAUAUUUAUUCUUUAGAGAUGGAAUUAGAUCUAUUGAUUUUGUUCUCGUGUGGGAUGAAUGUGAUGAGCAAGCAAUAACUCCCAAGUGUGUUUAUUAUCGUAAGGUUUUUGAACGAAAUCUAGAAUUUGAAGGAUUGCAGUUAGAAUAUGAACCACCGGAACCAAGCGGCUUAAGAUUUAUUAAAAUCCACGCACCACGGGAGGUACUAAGGCGUUACUCGGAAAUAUUAAAGUUAAGAUUGCCGAUGAAAGAGUUAAUAGGAUCGGUAGCGUCAUCCCAACCGAGUAGUACAAUCAUUCGAGAAGUGAAUGGAUGGAUAAAAACGUUCAUGAAACGUUAUUAUGUAGAUACUACGAUUUUUCCGCCGAUGAAACAUCGAUUCACUGCAGUCUAUAGUAGGGACAAAGAAUAUCUUUUCGACCUCGAUGCACCAGAAUUUUUUACACCUGCAACACACUCCAGAAUAGUACAAUUUAUACUUGACCGCACUAAGUUCACACAGGACAAAAAUGAUGAUUUUGCAUUUGGAGUUGACAGAUUGAUUUCUGAACAUGCUUAUACUGCUGCCUAUCCUUUGCAUGAUGGAAAUCUGCGGACUCCAAACUCUACAAGAUAUCUAUUAUAUACACACUGGGCGAGUCUUCAAAAGUGCUUCCAUUAUCAACCCCUUGAUUACAUAAAGGAAUAUUUUGGAGUGAAAAUAGGUCUUUACUUUGCCUGGCUUGGAUUUUACACCCACAUGCUGGUACCAGCUAGUGUUGUGGGUCUAUUUUGUUUCAUCUACGGCUGUUUUACGCUGUAUUCCCACCAACCUAGCGAAGAUAUUUGCCAUGGGAAUGAUUCUAUACACAUGUGUCCACUCUGUGACCAUAUUUGCGGUUACUGGGAUCUAAAGGACACGUGCCUUCAUGGACGAUUAACGUAUUUGUUUGACAACCCAUCAACAGUUUUCUUUGCAAUAUUUAUGUCCCUAUGGGCAACGUUAUUUUUAGAAUUAUGGAAGAAUUAUUCUGCAGAAAUUACUCAUCGAUGGGACCUAACCGGUCUUGAUGCUCAAGAAGAACACCCACGACCUCAAUAUUUAGCACGUCUUGCUCACGUUAAGAAAAAAGCUGUUAAUGUUAUUACUAAUACUGUGGAACCUAAAGUUCCUUUUUGGAGUAUGAGACUGCCAGCAACAAUUUUAAGUUUUUCUGUUGUAUUAUUAUUAAUUGCUGUAGCUAUGGCUGCCGUUCUAGGUGUUAUUUUAUAUCGGAUGUCAGUUUUAACAACUUUAAGUGUUUAUGGACAUGCAACACUUACAAGUAAUGCAAUUCUCUUCACCACUGCCACCGCAGCAUGCUUGAAUUUAUGUUGCAUUGUUCUAUUUAAUUGGCUUUAUGUAUGGUUGGCAGAAUAUUUAACUGAAUUGGAACUUCUUCGAACACAAACUGAAUUCGAUGAUAGCCUGACUUUAAAAAUUUACUUGCUUCAAUUUGUAAACUAUUAUGCAUCAAUAUUCUACAUAGCAUUCUUUAAAGGUAAAUUUGUGGGACAUCCACGCACUUAUAAUAGAUUUUUUCAAUAUCGACAAGAAGAAUGUGGACCGGGUGGUUGCCUUACUGAACUGUGUAUACAACUUAGCAUUAUAAUGAUUGGUAAACAAGCGAUGAAUUCAUUGUUAGAAAUGAUAUUUCCAUUAUUUUAUAAGAGAUUGAAUACUUGGAAAGUACACAUGACAAAGACGAAAGAUGAAACGGAAAGGUUGAAUAAUAGAAAAUUUUUACCUUGGGUUAGAGAUUUUAAAUUAGUUGAAUGGGGACCAAGAAGUUUGUUUCCAGAGUAUUUAGAAAUGGUGCUACAGUAUGGAUUUGUUACGAUUUUUGUCGCCGCAUUUCCAUUAGCUCCACUUUGUGCUUUAUUAAAUAAUAUAUUCGAAAUGAGAUUGGAUGCAAAAAAAUUGCUGACUAUGUACAGAAGACCUGUAGGUCAACGUGUUCGAGACAUUGGUAUUUGGUACAGAAUUUUGGAUUCUAUUUCGAAAUUAUCAGUCAUAACGAAUGGUUUCAUAAUAGCAUUCACUUCCAAUUUUAUACCAAAACUGGUCUACCAAUUGACUGUGUCUGAAAAUUAUUCAUUAGAAGGCUUUCUGGAUUACUCACUCUCGAAAUUCAAUACCUCAGAUCUUGAAAAAGAGAUCAAACUCACCGAAAACACAGCAAAUAUUGAAAUCUGUCGGUAUCCUGAUUUCAGAGAGCCACCGACUUCUCCAAAUAAAUAUAAUGUCACAACGAUGUAUUGGCAUGUACUAGCAGCAAGACUAGCCUUCGUUGUUGUCUUUGAGAAUGCUGUUGCAGUUGUGAUGAUUUUGGUUCGAUGGUGUAUACCAGACAUGAGUCCUAAACUUCGUGAUAAAAUUCGACGAGAAACCUACAUAACAAAUGAAAUAAUUAUUCAGCAUGAAGCAUUGAGAGCUUCUAAUCGUAAUCCUGAUGAGCCAGAAAUAGUUAGAAGACGAACUUAUGUAUGUGAAAAUGCAGAUCGAUGGAAUCGUGUGAUGAGAGAUUCUAUGUCAAUGGCAGAUUUUGACUUGGAAGUUCACGGAAGUCCAGCAAUUGCUCCAACUCCACCUCUGCGAACAAGACCUGCUGCGCUUUGACAUGUGUCAUUAAAUAUGUUGACAUUACGAUGAAAUUUAUGAUGUUAAAAUUUUAAUGAAUAUCUGCACAUAUUAGUAUUGAAUGUAAAUAACGAAUGAUAUUAUUGACAUGAUGCAAAUUAAUUUUUUAAGUGAUAAAGUGCUAAUCCGUCACUAGUCACUAUUGAGAUAGAUAAAAUUUAUGAUAUACACUUAUAUAUAUAUUUUAUAAAAUACGUACUUAAAGAUUUUUCAUU